UCCAGUGUGAGCUAGCUAGCUGCGUCCUGUGUUGCUGCUCAGUUUGGCCACACUGACUUGUGCGUCUAUUUUGGUAUCUUCUGAGCUCGCUGUCAGGACCCUAGCCACACCAGUGCAUUUGAACAUGGAUCUGAGGGCUUGACUCACUUUGCAGGUGGCUCUGCACUGGAAUCUACGUUGAGGAUCUGUGUUUGAUACCAAAGUCUAGACUGGACGGUUACAGUUGGCGUGGAAGACCCAUCAUGAAGGAAGUUUGCAUAUCCCACCACUUCCCUAAUGACAACCUGAGCUGGACGAAAACCAAAACAUCUACAGAGCUGCAGGAGCUGUAGAGGAGGCAAGUCAAGUGAUGCACGAGACAGAAAGAAGGUUGUUGACAUCAUGAGCUGUGUGGAAAAGCGACACAUGAGCCACCGGGUGGGGAGCAUGCUCCACCAUCGCUUCCCCAAUGGCUUCUCUGACUUGUUCAUGGACGAGACCGAUCGCGAGGUCAGCACUCUCACGGAUCGGGCCUUCCGAAGUCUCUGCGUUGGAGAUGACGCGGUUUAUAAUGACGAGUUCUUGUGUGGAUACUCACCUUUCAGUUGCCACAAACCUUUGGCGGGGGAGCCUCUUAAAAAGGCUCAUCAGAAGGAAUCUAAAAAGCAAGGGCAAAGCAAAAAUGAUAAAAACUAUGCCCAGCCAUGGACACAGCAGCAACAGAAGAAUAUAUCAAACAUGUCUUCUUUCCUCAAGGCAUUAAGUGCCACCGAGAAAAGCUGUGAGGGGAUGUUGAUCAAAAAUGGAGGUAUGACGGACUCUAAUGGAGAAUCGUGGGAUAAGUCUGCACUUCGCAGCAUCCAAAGAGAGCUAUCUGAAUUCUCCUCGGAUUAUCACACUAAUCUCACAGAUGGACAUUACAAGAACCACCAUAAGCAUCACUCUGGAAAUGGUUCAUCAAACAAAACAGGCAAAGAUGCUGCCCUUCCCUCAGGGAAAUCCUCAAAGAGCAAAAAUGGGAAAUCUACUGUCAAACUAAAGAAACUUAACAUCAAAAACUUUUUCCUCCAUAGUGAGUUUAGCCCUUUCCAGUCAUGGAGAGAUUUUAACCAGUUCCCUUUUGGCCAAGAGGACACCUCUAUUCUCCCCACAGAUAACAUCCCUAAAUGGUAUGACUUGCCUUUUUACAAGGAGCUGACAGAGGCACACAGAAAAGAGACUCUGCACACAGAGGAGCCACAGUCAUGCCAGAAAGCAGCAGUUGAGCCCCCUCCUCCCACUGCUCCUAAACCCAUCCCUCCCCCUCCUCCGCCUAAGGUCCUGCCAAAGCCCUCAGCUACUCCGGCUGAGAAGAGGUGCACAUCAGACGGUGGGGAUGGGAGUGCUGCCCCCUGGAGGCGCAACAGGUCCAGGGCAAAAAGUGUGAUUCCAGUCAAUCAGCCUGGGAUACCCCCUCAGGAAAAUAGUUCAAAAACAGCAGAUGAAAGUCUUUGGUUGGUCAAAAAGGAAGCUAGAUCGGUAGAGGUGAAAGCAAUUGAUGAAGUCAGCUCUUUGGCAUCGACUCCCUUCAGCAUCUGCCAGCUGAUGACUCCCCUUAUUCCCUCCAGACAACCAACAGAUACAUCAGAAAUCCUCCAAACUGUCCUCUCGCCCUCUGCCCUCGAUCUCCCACUGAGACCACACUCUGAGGCCAAAGGGACCCCUGAACCUCCAAUCAAGCGGGACAGCUACAAAUCACUCGCCUCCAGCAUCCUCUUCAACCUCAAGGACAACAGGAAAAGGGUGAAAAGCCGCUACAGCCCUCCUAAAUUCAAAACAUUAGAAGUGCCUGAGAGUGGCACCCAAUCUCCACAAUCAGAUCAACCAAAAUAUCCACAAGCUGGCUCUGAGGGCUAUGCAUCUGGGUUAAGUACUCCUGCCAUUUCAAAAGAUGAACAGACAGUUUGCAGUCCUGUUUUGGAAGCUAUCAGCAGCCCAACUGUUGUUCUUACAAAGCAGGAUACUGAUGGACCUCUUUCAGAUGAUUAUCUGUUAUCAAAUCUACUGCAAACCAAAAAGGAGGCUGCAGGUAGUCAUGGUGAAGAGAAUCCUAUCUCCUCCCUUAUACACUCAAAGAAGAGCAGGAGUCCCAAGGCUAAAAAGCAAAACUACCCUUCCCUGAAUUUGUACAAGAAAGCCAGCCCUGUUGAUAGUGAUAUGAAAUAUCUCCAAAUCCCUCUGAGCACCAAUGCUCCUAUACACAUAGACCAACCAACUGAGGCAAAUGAACUAUCAGCACUCACGCUAAACAAACUCUCUCCAACAGCACUGCCAACAAACACAGGGCUUUCUCCAAAUACUUUAAAUUUUAGCAAAGACCGUUCACCCAUAAUUUCACCCUAUGCCCUUGAGAAAGAGGGGUUGUCAUCAAAUCUGUCAGUAGGGAAAAGAGCACCAAAUGUACCAAACAAAGCAAAACAACCUGCAAAAGACAUAAAAGAAAAAGACUUCAGCCCUAAGGAAAAAGAUACCAGUGGCCAAACCAUGAGUACAAUGGAUGUGAUCAGAGCAGCAAAGGAAGCAAUUAAUGCAGCCAAAAAUAAAGCUCUAUCUGCAGCUCAGUCAGAUAGCAUCAGCAAGCCCUCAGACACAGAUGAACUAAGGAAGAAAGAAAUAGAUGAGACUGAAUAUUCAAAAGUGUUUGGCAGCAAGAAGGAGAGUAUGGUACAAGAAAAUAACAAUGUUUUAUCUCCUAGCAGGAUUGAGGCAACCCUGGAUGGCAAAAAGAGUAAUGUCAAGAAAGAGCCACCACCAGUUCCAAAGAGAAAUUUUGCUAAAACUGAUAUUCAGCUCUCCUUUCUUGAAAAACAGCAAACACGUACUAUUGACAAGCUAGCUAAUGGUGAUUCAGGGGAUGCUAAAGCGGAAAUACCACCAGACGAAAAUGAAUCUAUCCAGAAGCAGGGAAAACCUAAACAUAUGUUCUCAGCCAGACAGAACAAAUACAUAAAAUAUCAGAGGUACGCAUUGACGGAUGAUGACCAAGGAGAGGAGUUUGAAGAAGGUGAUCAGAAAGUGAAUACAGGGAUGGAGACACAUGAGGAGAUUAUGUCACCCAGAGAAAUGCGAGAUAGCGAGCAUAUAAUUAAUGAUUUGCAUGCUUUGAAAGAGCUGGAGAGAGUAAGGCUCGGCGAUCGUUUUCUUGAUAAUGCAAUAAAAAAAUUUGGUGUUACAAACAUAGAUGAGGAGACGAGGGCUAAAAACGAUUUGAUCUCAAGGGAGCUAAGGAAUAUUAAGAAGGGUAUGCUGUCUAUGAGAGGAAACACAAUGGCUAAGAGAGACCUAUUUGCACAAAAAGAGAAGGCUCAGAGCAAGCAGGAGACUUUCACAAAGACAGACACUAACGUGAUAUUAAACAAAGCACUUAUAAAUGACAAUUAUGACAGGGCUAAAAUGGCACUUGAAGAGAUCAUCUCAGACAGGCAGAAGAGAAAGCAUAAAAUCACAGAGCAGGAUGCAAAUCCAAUAUUUGAUAAGAAUGCUGAUGAAAGUUACGUAACAAGGGUAGAGCAACGUAAAAAAGCUAUGAAAGAUUCUAUGACAGAGGACAAGGAAAAACAAAAUGGCAACACUCUUACACUAAAAGAAAAAGAUUUAAAGGAGAGGUUAGGUGAUCUAAGAGACCACAAUCACAUGAGACAGAUUCUGUCGCAAACUGAACCUAGGCUUGGCGAAACUCACAGAUCAGGUGGUAGGUUAGCGCUAUCUGGCAUGGAAAAAACUGAUAAUCCUAGCUAUGAAUCAGAAGAGGUGAAUUUGAGAAAUAUAAUUAGACAGAUAUCUGAAGAGAGCGGAGAGACUCUGAUGAACCAAAAUGAAGGCAAAAAGGGAGAUGUUCCACCUGUUCCUCCUAGGAGCAGAAAGGGAGGGAGUAGACGAGAUGAAAGUGUUACCAUGGACACAGAUAGUUUAAAAGAUGGAGAGGGAGAGGAUAUCUGUACUAAAUUUGUAAAAUAUGAAAAUGGUGAGGUCCGCUUAAAAGAAAUGAGGAGUACAAGCUUAGGAAGACAAGAAGUAGAUAGUGACCCAUCCACAAGAGAAUCUAGUCAAAAUGAAACCAAUCCUGUUAAAGAGAGGUGGGAUAUGAUAAACAAUGCAAUAUCUAUUACAGUGACAGAUGGAGCAUCAUGUGAGUCCAGUUUACCUUCAGAAUACCCACAGUCUGAAAAUAGAUUGUGUUUAUCACCAGAGGCUAGAAGACAUGAAUAUAAGGCAAAUGACUUGCAUGCAGAUAGCCCCACAAUGGAAGCAACAUUUGAAAAUAUCAAUGCCAGAGCACAGGAAACAUGUAAGGUAAAGCGGAAAGCUCCUUUAAAACCAGACCAUUUAAACACACCAGAUGACAAUGUAACUAACAAUUCAGUAGCAGAUGAACCUGACAAAAUAAAUAGAGCUAGCAUGGAAAUAAAUUUGGAUGCUGACGCUAUUGGUGAAAUGCCCAGAGCUAUAAUAUCACCCUUACUACUGGUCAAUGGCAUCAGCAUCAAUCAGAGCCCUCCUGAUCAAGCCAGCUUGUCCUCAAAGUCAUCCUACUUCUCUGUGGAGAGUGCCCUGCACAGAAAUACAGAGACUGAGUCAAAUGUUUACCACUCUUUGGAGAACUUGAUUGGAGAGGUGGAGGAUGUUGAUGACCUGAUCCGAAAUCUUUCACGAAACACAAAACAGGAUUCGGACAGGACAGAAGUAGAAUAUUAUUCUUUAAGUGAUCAUGAAAGCGAGGCGGAGGUUGUAAAGUCUCCUCAAAAAGAGACAGAAGUACCAUGCCAAAGCUUAACUCAUGACGAACAUAAUCAGACACCAAUGUCACCCUCUAACACUUUCUUACCACCUAUGGGGAUCCCUGCCUUAUUUAAGGUCAAAGACAACACUUUCAGUAAUAAGUUGAAGUUGAAGUCCAUACAACCAUGGUCACCAAGAGGUAGUCUGAGUGGGUCAGAAAAAGGAGAGGAGGUACAUCAAGUAAAGGAAACUCCAGAGCUCCCUCUGGCUAAUGAACCCGCCAUCAGAAUUAGCACACCAAUCCCAGAUGAAAUCUUCAAACCUACAGAGAUUCCAUCCAGUGCACCAAUCCCAGAUGACAUCUUCAAACCUAAAGAGAUUCCAUUCAGCGCACCAAUCCCAGAUGAAAUCUUCAAACCUAAAGAGAUUCUGUCCAGCGCACCAAUCCCAGAUGAAAUCUUCAAAACUAAAGAGAUUCCAAUCAGCACACCAAUCCCGGAUGAAAUCUUCAAACCUAAAGAGAUUCCAUUCAGCGCACCAAUCCCAAAUGAAAUCUUCAAACGUAAAGAGAUUCCAUUCAGCGCACCAAUCCCAGAUGAAAUCUUCGCACCUAAAGAGAGUCCAUUCAGCGCACCAAUCCAAAUUGAAAUCUUCAAACCUAAAGAGAUUCCAUCAAUCAGUUCACCUCCCCUGCUCCUGUCUCCUUCAAAUCUACAAAAUGAAAACCCAAAGAAACCACAAGCUGGAGGGUUCCUCACUGUCCCACAGGAGGAUGACAGAUUGUCUGGCGUGACUCUGUCAUCUGAGGGAGUGGAGAGCCUAACAACCAGUACAGCUGACACAGCUGAUGAAAUGGGAACUAGUGCUGGAGUGUCAAAGGUUCCCAGUGAACGGUCUGGGUCCCCCUGCAGUGGCAAUGACAGCCAAACAGGGCUGCCUAAACCACCAGUUGUCUUACCCAAAUCUGAAAAAGCUGUUCUCAAAGCCAUUAAGUUGGCAAAUAGAAGGAUGAAGAAGGAGGAGGCCCAGAAGUCCUCCCACAAGUCAUCUCAAAGCAGCAGCAAACACAAAGGGGAUAAACACAAGAGUGACAAGUCUGAGCACAAAAGCAGCAGCAGUAGAAGUAGCAAGAGCAGUGAGAGAAAUCACAAAGAAAAGAUUAAAGAUGGCCAUCAUCACAGUGAAAGUCACCAUGGCAAAAAGGGUGAUGACCAGAGUGAGCAACAAUCCAGUGAAAGAAGAGACCACAACAGUGGAAACCAGCACCACGACAGAACCGAUGUGCGCCACAAAACUCGGAGAGAGAGCCAUGGUUCUGUGGAAAACAAUAACCAGAGCAAUGAAGCACUACCAAGUGUUACAGAAAGGCAAGGACGCACCAGCAACAGACACAUUCGAGAUAAGCCAGAGCAAAGGCACUACAGUAGUGAUAGGGUCAUCAGUAAUGUACCGGUGUACAAAGCUCAGCUCAUCGAGAGACCCAUGUCGGACAAGCCAUUCCACCGAUCACAAAGCAUUGAUAGGUACCUAGGAGAUAAAGUGGAGCGCAGGCUCAGUGCAGAUACAUCAGUCAAUGAAAAGCUUGAUCCAAGGACUCAGCGCAUUGAAAAAUCCAUCAUGGACGAGCUUCAGCAGAGAGGCAGAGCUAGAGACAAGGCGGUCAGAGACAACCCAUUCAGAAGGAGUCACAGUAUCGAUGCAUACCCUAAUCCUAACCCUAACCCUACCCCCAACCCUACCACCCUCUCCCGCCAGUCAAGCCACAACAGCCACACUAGCCAGCUUUCACGCCAGUCUAGCAUGGAACACACCAUUGUUACGCAGUCCUUUCCUAUGACCCAACGUAAGCUCCUCCAGGAUCCAGACUCUGGGCAGUACUUCUUUGUAGAUAUGCCCGUACAAGUCAAGACAAAAACCUUCUUUGAUCCUGAAACAGGAAGCUAUGUGCAGCUGCCAGUUCAGCCGCCAGAGGGCGCUGUUCCUCAAGCAUCCUCCUUGGAGGUUUUGACCCCACCCCUGGUUGUUUACCACAGCUUUGUCCCAGUGCCUCUCUCUCCAAUGGCUCAGAAAGCUACCAUUCAAGCCCCUCAUAUGGAGCCAGAGGGGUUUGGGCAGAGAAACGUUGAAAGGUUGAGGCAAAUGCACUGUCAGGAGGGGCAUCCAUAUUUAGAGCCCAUCUACGGUCAACAUGACCACGUGUUAGGGGAGUUUGUAGGAACUGAGGAGCUGGACUGUCCGAGCUGAUAGGCCAUGAGGUUUGAAAGGAAUAAUCCAUCCUCUGUUUACACUGUUUUGCCAAUACCCAGUAGAAUGGUGGAGGGUAUACGCAGUUAUACGGGGUAUAUCCAUCUCUUUUUCUGGCCCAUAACAGUGUACCCACCUGUGGAGAGUAUAUGCAUGUAAACUGGAUAUACCCACCUCUUUUUCUGGCCGUUUACAGUAUCAGCACCUAUCAGCAGAAAGUCAUUAGAGUUUAUGGGAGGGUAUACCCACUUCCUCUUUGGUAAUUUACCAAUCUACUGAGUAGUACACCCACCUCAUCAGCUUCCACUACCCCACAGCUAGUACCUGUUUAAUUUUGAAAAGUGUUGAAGUGUUUCAGGGUGGAUUUUUCUUUCAAGGUUAAGCGUCUGAUCCUUGUAUUGCUUUACUUGCCUUAACUUACAUGAGACACAAAAGCUGCGCAGGCUUUGUGAAGCUACUGAGGCCUCGACUGGUUUUGUAAAGAGAAACGGGUUUGACUCAAGUGUAAACUGACAGGAGAUAUUGAAGUUGUGAAUUUCUGAUUAUUGUUGAAUGCUGUUGUUUGAAUGUGAGUUGAACAAUUUGUGUAAGAUAAUGUGCAAUUGUUGAGAAAGAUAAGGGACAUGGGUGAUCCAUGUACAUAAUGUAUUUAAGUUUAAACAGAGAGGGUAAGCUUGAAUGUAAAUGUGGAAUAUUUAUUGUAAAUGCUGAGAGUUUAUUAUACACAGUUACCGUGGUAUUGGGGUCUCCACUGCUUUUCGGGUAUUGUGGCUUUUUGUUUUAUUACCUGCAAAGUUUGUUGCCUUGAAAUUUCUUUUUUGCCGGACAGUUUGCAGUCACUUAACUUAUCAUUAGAGAUACUUGAAACAAAAUUCACUCAAAAUAUUGUUUUUUAUUUGUAUGUUACUGAUUUGAACUGAUCAUGUUAACACAACUACAAAAUUAACAUAUUGCAUGCUAAAGUUGAAGUUGCAGUUACACCUGUUGAAUCUGUUUGAUACAAAUCAAAUUUCAUUUAUACUGUCUAAAAGCUUGAACUGGCGUUGUUGCAAUUAAUGUUUUUUAAUACGCAGAGGACAUGAAGGAGAAUUGGUUUCGCACGUUGGUUGCAUUGGCAUUUUUCUAAACUAGAAUAAAAGCAGGGUUGUAUUGUGUCUGUGAUCCAUUCCAAUAAAAAACAACUGUUGCUACAGA